AGACAGGUGGUCACUAUAAGUAAAUCCUAAUAAGAGUGUAGUGAUGCAGUUAAAUAACUCAGAUGAAUCGUAUGACUAUACACUACGUGGAUUCGUGCUACCCAAAGCAAGAAACCAUAAAGACUUAGGAGUUAUAUUAAGCAAUGAUCUCAAAACGACUAGUCACUGUAAGGCUGCUGCUGCAAAAGGCUAUAGGGUAUUAUGGUCAAUUCGUAGGUCUUUCCAGUAUUUAGAUGAUGAAAUGUUUGGAUUACUAGACCCGAUUUAUGUGCGACCACAUUUAGAAUACGGGAUUCAAGCAGCGAGUCCUUGUUUCAAAUAUGAAGCAGAUAUGCUGGAAAGAGUCCAACGACGAGCUACUAAGAUGGUACAAGGUCUAGCUGGCCUAUCUUAUGAAGACAGACUGAGACACCUUAACUUAUUUCCGUUAUCUUACCGUAGAGUACGGGGUGAUCUAAUAUUGGCUUAUCGUAUACUGAACGAUGACCUUGGUAUUAACAUGUCUUAUCUUUUGCUUCCGUCUAGAACCGAUCAUUUGAGAGGACAUUCGAAGAAAGUUCAAAAACCGAGGUCAAACCGUUUACGUCUGGAGUUCCGUUUCUCGCACCGAGUAGUGAAUUACUGGAAUUCCCUACCGGAACACGUAAUAUCAGCACCGUCUGUUAAUAUAUUCAAAACGAGAUUGGACCUCCACAGUAUUACAAACUGCAAGGAUUAAUAUAGGUCGACAGACCUCCUAUCCUUAUUACUGAAGACUGAAGACUAAUGAAUUGGUCUGUAUCUUAGAUGUGUGGUGGUGGGAUAACAUUGGGUGAUGCUGUCCCAAUGUAGCCAGUGAACAAGAAUACGUUUACAGGGCCUUUGUUCCCCCAGAACCCUAUAGUCCAUUGCACUAUUGGUAUCGAAUCAUGGCUUACCAACAAUCCGGGUAGGAACGUCGGUGCAUGCCGACUUGAUUUAACUGUCCUCAACAUUUCGUAAACAGCUUUCACACUGCUAGAAGGCAGUUGAUAAAACUUUCCUCCCAGUGGUAUAUAUGUAAACUUCAUUUUUGUAUUCUCACAUGCAAAUACGAGGAAAAUUUCUCCAUGUCUUUCUUUCUCGUGACUAGGUCUCUGUAUUUCUUCAGUAUAUACUGCCUCAUUUGCUGUUGUCUGCAUUUUGUAAAUCGAUUUUCAUUUUUAAGAGUCACUACUUUUAUUAUCAUUAGAUCGUCUAUAAAUUUUGAAUUCUAACUCUUUCCCGGAUAUUCUUGGAUCUUUGUAUAAUCAUUAUGUGAUUGCUCUACUUAAAAUAGUUUUUAUGGCACUCACCAUGGUAGAUUGACAUACUUUGGUUAAUGCCUUGUGACCCGAUAGCUUCUUUCUCGUGAGACCGACUUUUAAACACGUUUCAUGUUUCACCUGUGGAAGUUUGUGAUUAUACACGGGUCCUUAAAUAUACUUUCUG